UUCCGCACCUCACUGUGUCGGCCCAGCACACACCGGCGCUGGGGCUGCCUGCUGGGUUUCGUGGAGCACCCCGUGACGAACUUUGGCACGUUCGCAGCCUCUGAAGCAUCUUGGGCUCCUGUCUCCAGGCACCUGGGCCACCGGCCCCAGUUCCACCCGCUGAAGCACGGAUUUGACGAGUGGUUCGGGUCCCCCAACUGCCACUUUGGCCCUUACAACAACAAGGCCCGGCCCAACAUCCCUGUGUUCCGGGACUGGGAGAUGGUCGGCAGGUUUUACGAGGAGUUUCCGAUCAACCUGAAGACGGGGGAGGCCAACCUCACGCAGAUCUACUUGCAGGAAGCCCUGGACUUCAUCAAGACGCAGCAGGCCAGGCGCCGCCCCUUCUUCCUCUACUGGGCCAUCGACGCCACGCACGCGCCCGUCUACGCGUCCAAGCCUUUCCUGGGCACCAGUCGGCGAGGGCGGUACGGGGACGCCGUCCGGGAGAUCGACGACAGCGUGGGGAGGAUCCUGCGCCUGCUGGGGGACCUGGGCCUCCGCAAGGACACCUUCGUCUUCUUCACCUCCGACAACGGCGCCGCCCUCGUGUCCGCCCCCAAGCAAGCUGGCAGCAACGGCCCCUUUCUGUGCGGGAAGCAGACCACGUUCGAAGGUGGGAUGCGGGAGCCGGCGAUCGCGUGGUGGCCGGGCCACAUCCCCGCGGCCCAGGUGAGCUACCAGCCGGGCAGCAUCAUGGACCUCUUCACCACCAGCCUAUCCCUCGCGGGCCUGAAGCCACCCAGUGACAGGGCCAUCGACGGGCUCGACCUGCUCCCCGCCAUGCUGCAGGGCCGGCUGACUGACAGGCCGAUAUUCUAUUACCGUGGCAACACCCUGAUGGCAGUCACUCUCGGCCAGUACAAGGCUCACUUCUGGACUUGGACCAACUCCUGGGAGGAGUUCAGACGGGGAGUGGACUUCUGUCCCGGCCAGAACGUCUCCGGGGUGACGACACACACCCAGGAGGAGCACACGGAGCUGCCCCUCAUCUUCCACCUAGGCCGGGACCCCGGGGAGAGGUUUCCGCUCCACUUUGACAGCAUCGAGUACCUGGACGUGCUCAGCAGGAUCAGCCCGGUCGUCCAGCAGCACCAGGAGGCCCUGGUCCCCGGGCAGCCCCAGCUCAACGUGUGCGAUCAGGCCGUCAUGAACUGGGCGCCCCCAGGCUGUGAGAAGUUGGGCAAGUGUCUGACACCCCCGGAGUCUGCCCCGGCGAAGUGCUCUUGGCCCCACUAGGUCUGCUUGGACCAGGGAUCUGCAGUUGGCCCUGCAGGUGCCUGGGGGCAGGCAGGCAGGCUCUGGCCUCGGGGCUCCGAGUUGCAAAAGCCCCAAGGGCCCUGGUCCCUGCCUGCGCCAGAAGGCACUGUGGCCAGCAGCGGGACCUGCACAGCGACGCCUGCCCUGGCCCCACCGCCCCAACCCACAGCCCCAGGCCUCCGCCCGCGGUCUCGUGUCUCCCCAGCUGGCUGGCCUUGUGCACGGUGCAGCGCUCCAGCCCAGGCCCUGGGGGUAGGACUCAGGGCCCUGGUGUUGAAGGCGACAGUGCCCAUCCUGUGCUGACCUGUUAGUGCUGGCAGGGGCCACCCCUGCCCCCAGCACCACCCACCCCACACAUUCCAGGGUCCCCUUCUUCCUGCUUCUCGGAGACGGGGCUGUGACAGGAGGGUGUGGGGGCGGGAAAGGCCUCCUGACAACUGAGACACGGCCCAUGCGCUCCCUGCUGGUGGGGACAGCUCGUGUCACUGCUGCCACAGCACCGGGUGUGUCCAGACGUGAGGACAGCCCCUCGCUGUUCCUGGAGAGCUGGAGACGGGCUCCAGCACCUCCAGCCCUGCUUGGAGCGAGUCUCCGUCCGUGAGGCCCCAGCGCCCAGGGUGGACUGCGCGAUGGUCGGUCGGGCUGGGGCGUCAUGAGGAAAAGGGCCUCGGAAUAAAGGAAUGGGGCGCCCA